AUGUCAGCGCCUUGGCACAGGUUUUCCAAAUCAGGGGUCAGAGCAGCAGGUGAGACAGAACAGGUGACGUCCAAACCCAGCUCCCUUGCGUCCCGGGCAUAUCGUGGUCCCGGGCUGCUCUCUUGGCAGGUGGGGAGGGGUGGCGGGCAGGCAGGUGGGCACCUCAGCGGCCCCUCCCUCAGGAAUGGCACGCACCCAUGCACAUGCACCCCGGUGCCCCACGCGAGCAUGCACAGCCCCCCACGGGGCCUCUGGGAGAAGGCCCGCUCUCCAAAGGGGAGCGAGCACUCAGGGGGGGCUGUGGAGCCCCCAGGCGAAGCCAGGCCAGCCCCAGAGCCCCUGACCCAGCAGUGA